AUGUCUGCGUCUACAGAAAACGUGGACGAGAAGAAUAUUGUUGCUUCUGUGCGUGCUGGCGCAAAUCUGGUCCAUUCAAAGCCGCUGUUUUCACAUGACUCAAAAUUCCUGUUCUGCUGUGCUGAGGCAUUAGUGAAGGUUUACAGUACCAUAAGUGGAGAAUGUGUACACGAUCUAAGAGGCCACACAAGUACAACUACAGGACUGGUGAUCAACUCCCAGAACAAGCUUCAGUUAUUAUCCUGCUCUCUGGAUCAAACAGUGAUAUUUUGGGACUAUGCUGAUUGUGUAUUGCUAAAAAGGAUAAGAUUACAGGGUCCUCUACAUGGGAUCUGGAUACGACCUGGACACCAGGACCAUUUACAAGUCCUGCAGAAAAGAGGAAAAUCAUAUGAUUUAGUCCAUUCUAACUUGUUGACAUCAACUAAGGAUGAAUCUGUCACAUCUGUAACAGACAUACCUCGGAUAUCCUCUGACCCCCGGUGCUCAGCCAUUGGAUGUAAGGGGAAAUUUGUCGCAGCAGUUAAUGGCAGUACCCUGUACAUCAAAUUAAAAACAUCAAAAUCAUCAAAAACUAAAAAGUUUCCCUAUCCUGAACUUACGUGUGUGGCCUGUCAUCCUGUGGACUACUGUAUUGCCACAGGAGCUAAGAGUGGCAAGAUAAUCCUAUGGUGGAAUUUCCUUGGUGACCCUAGCCAUGUAGUCAAGACAACUCUCCACUGGCAUGCCCUUCCUGUACUGGAUCUUGCAUUCACAACAGAAGGUGCUUACCUCCUCAGUGGUGGACAUGAGUGUGUUUUAGUCAAAUGGCAGUACAACUCAGAGUACCGUAACUUCAGACCCCGCCUUGGAGCACCACUAUGUCAUGUUGCUGUGUCCCCGGACAAUCUUUACUAUGCCACAAGUCACCAAGACAAUGUGAUACACCUGUUGACAAGCAGCUUCUCAGUGGCCCAAGUGUACCAGGGCCUCACCAAAUCCCAACUGUCAACCAAACAGCAACAUUUUUAUCCAGCUGAACUGAACUUUGACCCCAGGUCGAAAGCUCUGGUGCUUAAUGGCAAACCAGGACAUCUACAGUUCUACUCUGUCCAUAAUGAUACACAGUUGUACAAUUUAGAUAUUGUGUGUCAAAAUUACAUUUCAUCGGAGAACAUGGAGCGUCCAUUGACGGUGACGGAAGUCAUCAAAGCAGAAUUCAACAGUACAGGGAGAUGGCUUGUUACCGUGGAGUACUGGAACAAUGGGGUCAUGACCCCUGAAAUGCGACUCAAAUUUUGGCAGUACAACACAGAAACACAGAGCUACACAUUGAACACUGCAGUUGAAGUUCCACAUGAUAAAGUUAUCGAGUGUUUACGAUUCCGCCCUGAUGGCACCAUCAAUGAAGAUCCUAUGGUGGUCACAACAAGUUUGGAUGGCAAAUUCAAAAUUUGGUCCAACAUGGAUGACACAAACAUCUACAGAGCUAACACCAGAUGGAGCUGUGAGUCUGUAGGGUUUUACCACGGUCAACCUGCUGGUGUCUGUGCUUUUACCGCUGAUGGAUCUCUGCUUGGAGUCGCAUUUGACACAAACAUCACGCUGUGGGACCCAGACAACAAUAUACUGAAGGAAACACUUAACAGUCAACAAGGACAAAUACAGUUUAUGGAGUUUGGAAAAAAGUCUUGCAGUCACUACUUGGUCACAACUACAAAAUACAAUUUAACAGUCUGGGACCUCAUUACCUGUGCAGUUACAUGGACUGCAAGGAUUAAGAGUACACAUUUGGUUGCUGACCCUCUGAGUGAUGUCAUGGUACUGUUUGAGGAAAAUAAAAGUCUGUAUGUGUUCAAACCAUCCAACCCUAACUACUUGUAUCAUCACAAAAAUCUUGGCCAUAGGGUAGUAGGUGGAGUUUUCAUUCCACAACAACAGAAGAGUUCCAUCAAUGACAAGGGACAACUCUCAUGGCAAACUGAAUCUCAGUUGUACUGGAUGACAAGUGAACAAGACCUGAUGACCUUGACUUUGGAGGAAGAUGAACCUUCUCAGACAAAGCCAACACCUUUGAAAGGCAUCCUUCCCCAAACUCCAUUCAGCCUCCUGCUGACAGCUGAACGUAAGAAAGGAUUUGAACCAUCAGAGUACAAGGAGUUAGACAGUAAGGUGUACAUGACAGCGGCUCAGUUCACAUCACAGUUGCUGGAGACAGCCUCUCAUGUUCAGGCACCUGUGACAAGUCUGUGUGGCAGUUUUAUCCAUUCCUUACUGAUCCGUGAGACAUCACCAGGCACUCUUCUAGAUAAAAAAGACGAAGAUGACAAUGAUAUGUCAGAUGUGGAAGAAAAAGAGACGAACUCAGAAUCAGAUUCAGACAUGGAUGUUGAUGGAAAACAGGAAUCUGUGCCAAAAAUUGAUUUAGGGAAAGCGGCCAAACAGAAAACAGCUAAUGUGAAAGAAGAAGUAUUAUGUGAAAUACCAAAUUUAGAUUGGUACUAUACAAAACUGAAAUAAAAUCUAAAUCUAAGCAA